AUGGCAAACCAAACUUGGGUGACAGAAUUUAUUCUCCUGGGGUUCCCCAAUCUAUGGGGGUUGCAGGUCCUGCUUUUCAUUGUCCUCUUGUUGACCUAUGUGCUUACAGUAACCGGAAACUUGGUCAUUCUUGUGUUGACAUUGAGUGACCAGAGACUCCAUACCCACAUGUAUUUCUUUCUGGGGAACUUGUCCUUUCUGGAGCUAGUGUUAACCACAGUCGUCAUCCCAAAAUCGCUGUCGGGCAUCCUCGCUGGGAGAGUCACCAUCUCCUUUGCUAACUGCAUGACCCAGUCCUAUAUCUACUUCCUUUUGGGAACCACCGAUUUCUUCCUUCUGGCUGUCAUGUCCUUUGACCGUUACCAAGCCAUCUGCAACCCGCUGCGGUAUGAAGCCAUCAUGAGCAGCAAAGUCUGUGCCCAGCUUGUUCUGGGUUCCUGGAUAGGCGGCUUCCUGUGUGUCCUCUUCCCGACUGCUAUGCUAACUAAGUUGACCUUCUGUGGGCCCAACACCAUUGACCACUUCUUCUGUGAUAGCUGGCCCCUCCUGAAGCUUUCCUGCUCUGACACCCGACUCCUCGAACAGGUGGACUUUGUGCUGUCCUCCUUCGUGCUGCUAAGCUCCUUGGCGUUCACCACGGUCUCCUACACCUACAUCAUCUCCACCAUCCUGAGGAUACCAUCCUCCUCAGAGAGGCGGAGAGCCUUCUCCACCUGCUCUUCCCACUUGACUGUGGUGGUGAUGGUGUACGGCAGCUCCAUAUUCCUCUAUGUCAGGCCAUCAUGGGGAGAGUCUUUGCUUCUCAAUAAAGUGGCUGCGACCUUGAGUUGCAUCGUGACACCUUUGCUGAACCCCUUCAUUUUUAGCCUCAGGAAUGACAAGGUGAAGGAGGUUUUGCAGGAUGCUUUCUGGCAGCAUAAGGUGAAAUUUUCCCAGAGGGUGUGA